AUGAGAAUCACCGAGUCUUCCUCUUUUCCUAUAAUUUCAACUGAUAGUUCAAGUUUUCUUGAAGGUGAACCAAGUGGUGACGCUAGAUUACAAUAUGCAAUAAGACGUUAUCACGAAGCACGUAAUCUAUUUCCGGAUUCAUAUGACCUUAAGUUUAUAGGUCAUAAAAUUGCUAUAAAAGAAGGGGAUAUGACUCAAGCGGAACAAUAUUUCGAUGAAUUAAGACGACAAUUUCCCGAUCAUGAACCGUUAAAAGAAUAUCUUGUGGAAAUCACAAAUUCCGUACGCCAUCAAACAACAGAUGAUAAUUUCAUGGGAUUUUUAGAAGUUGAUCCCAAGUCUACGUUUAUUAAUUCAACGACUAAGAACUGUGCAUUUUUUCUUAGGCUUCCUGCUAGGACCCAAAGAGAAAUAUUAGUACAUAGCGCAGUUCGACAUGAAAUGUCUAAUAAGUUGGUGGAUGCAUGUCGAUUAUAUGUUUUAUUAUUAAAGGCUUAUCCAGAUACCGCGACUUAUUUUGGGGUUCAUGCUGCUCAACUUGCGAUUGAAUGUGAAGCACAAAAUCAGCCUCUCUCUGAAUAUAAUUCUUAUAGGAAAUUAUUUGGUUGGGAUUAUUUGUCUAUUCCAGUGUCAACUCCAACGAAUUAUCCACAAAAUGUUGAUGUUGUUUAUAGUGAGUUGAAAUUAUGGCUUGAAAGGGCUCAAGGAUUCUAUAUUGCAAGCAAAGAUUGGAAAAAACUUUUUGAAAUUUCUUUAACCGUUAUGGAUAGUACUGGAUAUUUGGUCUUUCCAAGUUCUCCAAGGAUUUCACUUGAAAGUUUUUUCGAAGAUCCGUCACAAUUAUAUGUAAAAUUGUUCAACCUACUAAACCAAAAGCCUGUGACUUUCUUGACACAAGAAACUACCCAACAUUCUUUUUGCAUUUCAAUUGGUAUAGCAUGUUUUGUUCAUUGCUGUCACGAAUUUUACAAGUUAGUGUCAGGUUCGAAAAACAUGUCAUCUGAGGGUAAAAGAAAUUGUCUUAUUCCUAUUUGGAUUGAGAAGGUUAAUACAGAAACUGUUCCUACACCACCACCUUCUUCAAUUAAGACUCCUACGAUUACUACACCGAUUAAAGGAUCAACCUCUAAUGCUCAUCAUUUAUUACAUGAUGAUUAUGAUGAAGUUAUUGAUUCAAGGGUCAGCAAAAAAAGGAGAGUAAGUUUUUUAUUGACUGAAGAUUCCAGUGACAGAGACAAACGUGUUGAUUAUGCUCAUAUUACUGAAAAUAUGAAUACGGAAAAGCAUGAAGUUAGUAGAGGAAAAAAUGUCAUGAAUGUACGAAAUUUAUUGACUAACGAUGAAGAUUACAAAGAUUACAAAAAUUACGAGGAUAUUCAAUCGGAAUUAUGGCAAGAUUCUUUUAAUUUAACGAUAACAAUCGUUUGUGAUGCUACUGUAUAUUUGGAACGAGCAUUAGGUUGUUGGGAUGAUUUGGAAUUAAUGUUUAGACGUGGAGGUAAUGAACCACAGAAUUUGGAUAAAGAUUUGGAUAAAGAGGUUAACCGACAACUCAAAGCUUGGAAUUUACCACUUGAUGUCUCUAAUGCGGUAAUGUUAACGCGUGCAGAUUGUGAACUAACGAAAGGAAAUAUAAGUAUGGCAUUAAAUAAUUACCGUGAAAUAACAUCACGGAUUUCUAGAGCGUGGGGCGAGUACCGAACAAAAGAAUCUCAGAAAGAUCAUUUAAAGUCACUAAAUGACGAUAUUUUAGAUCAGACAUUUAUGGAUGAAUCUUCUAUAAAAGAAUUAUCUCCACUUCUUUUAACUUUUCGCGUUAUAUAUUCAAUUUCUGUACUUUAUCGUGCUAUUGGUUUGUGGGCACAAGCUAAAGUUGAACUUUGCAUAAUUUUGGCUACUGUACCAUUCACACCUGUUGAUAAAGAUCAUUUCGAAAAAGAUGAUUUGUAUAUUAGCAAUACCAAAAGAAACAUAAAUUUUAAUGAAAAAUAUAAACAUCAAAGAUUCAAACUGAUGGAAGUAAAUCAAGAAGGUUUAGUGAUUAGAGUAAUUAAAGAAUUAAUGGCUUGUUUCGAGGAUGAACUUGAUAAAGUAGAGGACCCUCUAAUGGAUAAAACAAUAGGCAAUAUAAUAAUUUUGUCCCAAUUUGGUUGGCCUUACUGGCAUGAUCGAGUGUUAAGCCAAGUGAUAUUCCCGAAGAUUAAAAGUCGUGGGGGGUUAAAAUAUCCGGAUUUGUUGAAAUUUAUGUACAAUGUUGAAAUACUAGGUGAAAUUUUAGAAUUACAUAGGACAUCUCCGGAUCUCGAAUUUUCUUUAAAUCCGGUUUCUGAAAAUGAUCCUACGCCUGCAUCAACCACUUUAUCAAUAAAAAUUUUGGAAAAUCGUAUAGAAAAUCCUAUCGAAAUUCAUAUAAACGAAAUAAUGGUGAAAUUUUUUCGCGCGAGGUUGAAAGAUGAAACCUAUAGUAAUACGAAUAAUACAAAUCUAUUCAACUCUAUGCCUCAGCAAGAAGGGUACGAAAUCAUAGAAACUUCUACAUCUGAUGCACAGAUUUCAAAAACGAUAUCAAAGAGUUGGAAGAUGAAUGUGUCAGCAAUAAACAAUAAGGAUAACACUGAAUCAUUUUCAAAUCAAGUACGAAUUAAUAAUAAUAAAGCAAACAUUUUUUACAAUUGUGAAAAUAUGGAUGAAAAGGAAGGGUUAUGA